CUUUCCCUAAAAAAAGUUGAAAGGUCAGUUACGUGCAUUGCCGGUAAAAUCCCGCAUGUGUACAUAUGUGUGAGUUUUAGACGUGUUUUUGUAAAGCUUUUGUAAAUGUUGACGUUUUGUCCGACUUUUUUGUAAGUCCAGGGUCCAAAUUUUAGUCACACUGUACAAUGGAAGAAGUUGAGGAUGGAAUUCCCUCCCCUAUCGGCCUUUUUAGUUACGAUAAUUUGAUCCAUGCAGUGGCGGGAGCAACGGGCAGUGUGACUGCUAUGUCAGUGUUCUUUCCUCUGGACACAGCAAGGCUCAGGUUACAAGUUGAUGACAAGAGGAAGGCAAAGUACACUCACGAAGUCAUCUCCGAAAUUUCCAAAGAGGAAGGAGUGAAGGCGUUGUACCGAGGAUGGUUCCCUGUAGUCUCCAGCCUCUGCUGCUCCAACUUUGUCUACUUCUACACCUACAACGGGCUGAAGACCAUCAUGAACCACCAACCAAGCGGGCCUCUAAAGGACCUGUGUCUUGCAUUCAUGGCCGGUGUGGUGAAUGUCCUGCUGACCACACCCAUGUGGGUGGUGAACACCAGGCUGAAGCUGCAGGGGGCAAAGUUCACGGGAGAAGAACAGCGAGAGAACAAGCCUCCGCACUACAAGGGCAUUCUGGACGCCUUCCGUCGCAUCUUGCGAGACGAGGGCGUGUCAGCCCUGUGGAGCGGGACCCUUCCCUCCCUGAUCCUAGUCUUCAACCCUGCCAUACAGUUCAUGUUCUACGAGGGCUUCAAAAGGUCUCUAACCAGGGUAUCCAAACAGCACUCUGCUGUUUCCCCUCAGGAAUUGAACGCGUGGCAGUUUUUCCUGGUCGGAGCCGUUGCCAAGGGGAUUGCUACGGUAUCGACCUACCCCCUGCAGCUUAUACAGAGCAAGCUCAGGUCGGGGAGGAACAAAAAGGCGGAGGAGGGGCGAGAGACCAGCGAAACCUUCCGUAGUGUGGUAGUCAUGAUUCAACAACUCCUCAGGAAACAGGGACUGAAAGGCUUGUACAAAGGGCUGGAGGCCAAACUCCUCCAGACAGUCCUCACUGCAGCACUGAUGUUCCUCAUCUACGAGAAAAUCGCCGCCUUCGUGUUUGGAAUCAUGAGGCCUGAGACAGUUUUAGAGGCAAUAACAAGAAAGAGAUAGAGGACAUGAAGUUCCCGAUUUCUGUUAGAUAAGACUGAAACGCACGUCUGACCUCGUACCAUACAGUGAAUCAAUAAUAUAGAUCUAAACAUAUUACGGAUUACGGAAUUGUGGGCAACACAGGGCAAGAAAAUGAUAAACGAAUAUGGACCUGCUUUUGUCGUAGAGGGGAUUUUCCUCACAAACUGUCCAUGUCGCCAUGCAUAUCUGUAAAUGAAAGAACACAUUCGGACAACAUUUCCGAACCCGGAAGAAGCAAGUGUUUACAACCCUGAUUUACCACAUGUAGGUAAACAAGUAAGCUGUUGUUUUUUUUGUAUUUGCCACAAGUUAGGAAGGGGAAUUAGCCACCAACACACUGGAAAAAUUUUCCAACAUAUGUGCAGGCACCUGGUUGCUCAGAGAGAAUAGAUGUCAGCAAUAUGCCAGGCUCCAUGACACUGGUCUGGAUCAGGGAAUUUUGUUAAAAUAUAUUAUUUAUGGAUUUGCGCAAUGAUAUAGACAGUCUGUGAGUAAAAUCCCAUUAUAUGCCAAAACAUUUUUUGUGAUUCAAAUUUGUCUAGUAUCAUCAUGACAAAUUGUGCACAACACGUGUCCUUUUUGUUAUCGCACCCAGAGUUCUCCACUUGUUCCCAAUGAGUAAAAAUAUCUGGGAAAUGGCUUGUGAAAGGUGCACUAAUAGUUUAAAGGUCUAGACUGGAUGUUCACGGAUAUGACAAUCAGUUACUGAAUCAGGGCAUAUUUUGUGGUGUUCUUAGAAUUUUCUUGUUUGAUAUUCAUAAUUAAUCAACUUUUAAGUUUGUAUUUUAUCAUGCUCAUACACGGAAUGUCUUUUUCUGUACUUUUUAUGAUUUAUGAUUUGUACUUUUUUGUGUGUACAUACGUGCACAUGUAUUUGUAAAUGGUGUAGAAUUUUCUCGGUGAAUACGUCGUUAUUUUAUCAGUAUAACUCCUAGACCAUGUUUUUCAAUAUACAUUGUAUAAUGCAGCUUACCUUGCGACUUUAACUACUAGUUUAAAAGGAGAAGCAAUAUCAUCGGUGGUGGUGGCACCCAAAAAACAUGUUAGGGGCGUUGGCCGUUACACAGACAAGCUGAAACUCAAUGUGUAUUUUCUUACUUAAAGAAAAGUCAUUAAACGUAGUUCAGUCUACCAG